AAAUGUUUAGCUAUUCUUUGCCGAAUUUACCUGAUUCUCUCCAUUUUUCGCACUUAUUAUUACUUACAUUAACAGCACCACCAGCAAAUUUGAAUCCAGAAUAUUUUAGCUCUCUGAUGAGUCAGUAAGUUUAUUCCGUAAUGUUUUAAGGUAUGGACCUGUUGCCAAUGUAAAAAUUUUGCAUCGCUCAUUAAUGGAAUGUCGAGUCUUGGUCGAGAUGGCUAAUAUCGAGGCAGCAAAGAAUGCCAAAAAAGCAUUAGAUCAACUUUCAUCGAAUUUCAUCAAAUGUUCUUACUAUUAAGAUGACAAACUAAUGCCACAUGGCUCAUUUACGAUUGGCUCAUAUGAAACUAUUGAUGAUACAACUUCAAGUACGUUUAAAAAUAGGCAUUCCACAUCAAUUAAUGAUAGUAUUAUAUAUAAUAAUAUAAAAUUAGUUGUAUAGGAUGGAGACUCUAAACCACACAGCUCAACUGUAUUGCCAAUAAGUUAAAAACUCAUACCUUCUCAAAAAAACAUUCAAUCAACGAAGACAGUGUGCUUAAAUGGAAUUUCUGGAAAAGAAUUGGAUGCGCAUAAGUUAUACAAUAUUUUUAGCAAUUUCGGUAAUGUAGACAAAAUUAUACUAAUAAAGUAAUAUGUAUUACUCAUAGAUGUAGUCUUAAAAAUUUUGCUUUAGUAAAGUACUUAAAAGAAGAUCAGGCGUAUUUCGUAUAUUAGAAUUGUCAGAAUUUAUAAUUUUUCGAAAGUUCUUUAACAAUCACAUUCGCUGCAGAUGAUUCAAUUGAAAAGUUAGUCGGUCUGGAUACUUUAUAUAGAGACUAAGACUAUUAUGUUGGAUCCCAAGAUACUGACAGGUACAUGCUCUGUAAAUUCAUCGUAGAUUCAAUCCAAAUAAUAAGAUGAUUUUGCUGCCUCCCAGUCAAGUUCUUCAUAUCUCUAAUCUGAAAAAAGUGUCCUCCAAUGCAGAAACCAUGUGGGAUAUAUUUUCUGAAUUCGGCGUUGUCGAAGUAUUUUAUGAAAUAAUCUGUAGGCAGUCAAGGUUCUAAACUCAUAGUUUAAAUUUAUGUGUUUAAUCAAAAUGGAAACUCUGAAGCAGGCUUUGGAAGUCAUGGCACUUAUGCAUAAUGAAGAAGUGGACGGGAGAAACAUUUAAAUUUCAUUCACCAAAGCCAAAAUUUGA